GGAACGGAGGUUCUCGUUGUGCGUUUUAGAAAAGCGCUUCCGACAGAGAAGGAUACGAACGUCAAGGAAGCUAUAGACCGUCGGGGGUCUUUGUUCCUAUAUUUCUUUUGUUAGCAGUAGGAGCGCGGAAGGCAAUUGGAGCGCAGAAGGCAAAUUCGAGAGUCUUUGAGUCUAUUGUUUGUUCUCUCAUUUGUUAGCAUGAUUGAUAGCGUGGGAGCGCACAGAGGAAAUGAAAAUGAGUGUGGGGGGUGUUAGAGAUCCCGGUAUGCGGUGAUCGCAGGAAGGAUAGGAUAGGUGAUCUUUGUCGUUUAUUUAUACUCCUGUUUUUUCCUGUCAGUUAGUUUAGUGGAUCUGUAGAGCUGUGGAGUCGUGGAGCGAGAGAUAGAGAGUCGUUGAACAGAGCGAGUUGCGGAGCGACCUUGGUGAACUUCCCCACUUUCGGUUGUGCAGAGUUUUCACAGCGCAUUUAGUGAUCGCCGUUUCGUUUCAUCGUCGCUCGUUCGGUAUAGUCCUAGCUCCAGUUAGCCCGUUGAUUCCUAAAACACACUACUCGUUGAAAGAAUCCUGGACACUGAGCGCCCAGUACCGAUAUCUCACGAUACUCGCCGCCCGGCCCCAAACACGGAAGAGAGCCGCCCCAUUCACACCAGAAUACUAGAACACCAUGAACCAAGGCCCACCCGAGACCUCCCAUAAGCAGAGAUGGGGUCUAUCAGCUUAUCAAGGUUAUUUUUCUGGUACCCACAAAUACAAUGGGCAGCCGGAAUUAACCAGCAAGCCAGCUGAAGAAAAAGCAUUCAAAGGAGUUAUUAAACGUAAUGUAAUGCUAGAGGCUGAGCUAGUGAAGUUAGAAAAGCAGAAAGAAAAAGUAGACGAAGCUAACGAACGUCUCCAACGCGAUAACGAGGCACUCAAGACCCAGGCCACAGUGUUGAAAGAUGGAAUUGCACAGCUCAAAGGUGAAUUAGAGGAAAGUGAGAGAAUCCGGGAAGCACAAAUGAAAGAACUCCGACAGCUUCAGGCUCAAGACUACGAGAGAGCGAAGGGUGCUACGGGGGAGCCGCACGAGGCCAUCAGCUCCCAAUUCCGGGAGAUAUUCGCGCAGUGCUCGCACUGGGCGAGGGACUAUUUUAACAUUAAGAUGGUGGAUUUUGAUAUCAGUAAAUUCCCGGAGUUCAAAAGGGAAUUGGAAGAGGUGUCCUGGAGUAACAGUGACUGGGGCAGUAAGGUGCUCUUUAAAGCUUCACACUUGGUCCAAGCGGUGCUUGGGAACAUGAUUUGCGAUCAAAUCUUCUCUUCUCCCUUUUCCGGCACACCGCGGGGUUUUUUUCAACAGUUCCAAAAUAUGUAUGAGAUCAAGUAUAGUAUUGAUAGAGCAGAGGCACAGCGCUGGCGGGCGAGCAGUCUCCAGACACUUUAUUCGAGCAAGAGAUGGCCAUUAAGCAGCAAAGAAUCCCACUCGCUCCGAACGUGCAAACAGCGCCACGCAAAAGAUAUCUAUUGGGACAUCGAUGAAGUCCUCAGACCGAUAAUUACUGCCCACUAUCCCAAUUUAUCGGAUCAGGAAGCGGACGUGCAGAAAGAAAGGCUCUUCUCGAUAGUCGAAGACGCCAAAGCACUCGGUGAGAAGAUGGGCAAGCAAUCUUCCGAGCUACGGAUGCUCUCUAAGUCCUGGUUCAGCAAGAACGAUCGACUUUUUAUCCUCGACGACGUUCGAAUGGAGAGUAGACUCGGCAACGAUGAAUACGACCCUCGAGACGAUUUACGGGUUGACUUGAUUCUUUCCCCAGGGUUCCUCAAGUAUGGCAACGACAAUGCGGAGAACUUAGACGAUUGGAAUGUAUGGACGCCUGCAAUCGUGGAAAUAGAUGUCCCGCUCCCACCGCUGCCCUCGAGACUGCCGGCGCCACCUGCAAAAACACGGCCCGCGUUUACUACGGGAUAUCCCGAGUUGCCCCGGGAUGGGCACAAGCAGGAGGCCGCCUCGCCCAGCACCACGACCGAACAAGAGCACUGCAAGGACGGGGAGUACGAGGACGUACCGGUAGAUGCUCCCAUGGACCCAGGCCCUUAUGACUGUUUGGGAUGGCAUUAG